UAAAGAAAUUCUUUCACUAACGUGUGAGGCAAUGUAGUUGGAAAAAAAAGACAAGAAAAAGGAAAUAACUUGCAUAAACCCAGAAUCACACUGACGCAGACACCUAGUCAAAAAGACUAAGGCAAUGAGAGAAUCAACCUCUUUGGUUCAUUUGUCUGCAAUUUCCCUUCUUCUUGUUCUUGUUGAUCAUGUGUCUUCUUUGGUGGCAGCACCAACACCAGAAUCUGUGUAUACCCCUUUCCUCCAGUGCCUAGAAAACCACACAAACUCUUCAACGCCCCAACUCUCCAGCAUACUCUAUGCUCGAUCCAAUUCUUCCUUUUCUUCCGUUCUACAAGCCUAUGUUCGUAACGCCAGAUACAACUCAACCUCAACACCAAAGCCAUUACUUGUUGUAACUCCUCUGCAACAAUCUCAUGUCCAAGGUGCUGUCAUUUGUGCCAAAACAAUUGGUGUUCAACUCAAGAUCAGAAGCGGUGGCCAUGACUUCGAGGGUGUCUCAUAUGUCUCACACGAAACCUUCAUUGUUCUUGACAUGUUCAAUCUCCGAAACAUCACUGUGGAUGUUCAGAACGAGGUUGCUGUGGUUCAAGCUGGUGCCACUCUUGGAGAACUUUACUACAGGAUUUGGGAGAAGUGUAAAGUUCUUGGCUUUCCUUCAGGGGUGUGCCCCACUGUUGGUGUUGGUGGCCAUUUCAGUGGAGGAGGCUAUGGUAACAUGAUCAGAAAACAUGGGUUAUCUGUUGAUCAUGUUCUUGAUGCUGAAAUUGUUGAUGUGAAUGGUAGGGUUCUUAACAAGGAGGAAAUGGGGGAUGAUCUUUUCUGGGCCAUUAGAGGCGGUGGAGGAUCAAGUUUUGGGGUUAUAUUAUCAUACACAGUUAAAUUGGUUUCUGUGCCAGAAAUUGUUACUGUUUUUAGGGUUGAAAGGAGUUUGGAACAGAAUGAUACUGUUACCGAGCUUGUUCUGCAGUGGCAGGAGGUUGCUCCUAAUACUGAUGAUAGGCUUUUCAUGAGGCUGCUAUUGCAGCCUGUGAGUUCUAAGGCUGUGAAGGGGAAGAAAACUGUAAGGGCCACUGUUAUGGCUUUGUUUCUUGGAGGUGCUGAUGAGGUUGUCACAUUGUUGGGAAAAGACUUUCCUUUGCUUGGUUUAAAGAAGGAGAAUUGUUCUGAAAUGAGUUGGAUUGAUUCUGUGAUUUGGUGGGCUAAUUUCGACAAUGGCACAAAGCCUGAAGCCUUGCUUGGCCGGAAUUACUCAGCCGAAUUCCUCAAGAGGAAGUCUGAUUAUGUGCAGACACCAAUUUCAAGAGAUGGGUUGGAAGGUUUAUGGAAGGAGAUGAUUGAGUUGGGAAAAAUUGGAUUUGUUUUCAAUCCUUAUGGUGGGAAAAUGAGUGAUAUACUGCCGGAUGCUACUCCGUUUCCUCAUCGUGCUGGAAAUCUGUUCAAGAUUCAGUACUCAGUGAAUUGGGAGCAAUCUGAAGUUGCUGAAGAAAAGAAUUUCAUGGAUCAGGCUACAAGGGUGUACAGUUACAUGACUCCUUUUGUGUCAAAUAGUCCAAGAAGGGCAUUCUUGAAUUAUAGGGAUCUUGACAUUGGUACCAACAAUUUUGGGACGCAUAGCUAUGAAGAAGGAGAGGUUUAUGGUGCCAAGUACUUUGGCAAUAAUUUUCAGAGGUUAGUGAAGAUCAAGACUGCUGUUGAUCCUGGAAACUUUUUCAGGAAUGAACAAAGCAUUCCCACCAAUCUAAGUGGUGGUACACCAUUUAACCGCAGCCUAGGUAGAAAACUCAUGGUAAAGGGGGUAGGGUUACUCAUCCUAGAACUCUUUAUUAUAAGAUUAUUGUACUUUGUUUAGUAAGCAUACAUGGCCAAUUUGCCCUUUGAA